CCUCUUCUCUCAACUAUUGCUUCUUCUGUUUAAUUUUCUCUUCUUAAUAAUUUAAACCUUCACUUUUCUUCUUUGUCUUCUGUUUCCCCCAGCGUUGAACCAGACAUGCCCAGUUCUUUCCUUCCUUAAGAUCUAUUGUGAUGCUAGUCUUGACCUGGAUCUCUGAUGCCUAUAUAUGCAUUUCUCUUUCAACCUUCAUUCUCACCACUGGUCAAGGCAAACUAUGUGCUGGCGAAGCAAGAAGCAAAAGCAAGAUCUGAAAGUUCAUUUGAACAGGCUGAUGUGACUCAAUUUCCUUUUGUGCUCAAGUGAGCAACUAACCUAAAACUUAAGACCUAUAUAACAGACUUGAUUUGAGUGUUUUGUUGUGUUGGGUUUUUUUUUAACAGAUAAUCCCGAAGAUGAAAUGUUAACACACUGAACAGCUUCAACAUGCAACGUUCAAGGAACAUUUUGAGGACAAGUGACUCAGAGGUAUGAAACAUCAAUUGAGAAGUUCUGUUUCUGACCACCAGCAGUCGAUGUCAGCCAACAGCGCUCUCCCUGAGGUGACAAGAGAAUUAUCUAUACAACACCUUUGCAGGGUUUUUGGCAUCACUUUACUUCCAAAGAGCUCAGUCUGGACUCAACAAGGUCCUGUGGACAGAGGACAAGGUAUUUCCCUGCUUUGCCCAGAGGCUGGGAAUGUAGUUUCAUCAUCACUCUAACCCAUCAAAACCAUCAGUGUCUGACACCCACACUGUUCCUUGCCUUCCUGUGCGCAAUCAGCAGAACCAGCUGAUCAUUUUGCCAUCCAAGCACAAUUGCUACCAUGUCAGGCAGCAGCCUGUCCUUAUGGGGGAUGAAGUGAUGCUGGAACCACAUGUGUUGCAGUCUAUUGUUUUACAGAUGAGUGCAUCAGAAUUAAGAACUGCCAUUUAAAACAAGUUUGCUGAUUUGAUACUUCAAAGGAAUCAGAGAGAGAAGACGCUGGUUUUUUUAAAGAUCAUUUUUUCAGCUCUUACUUUGUUCUUUUGAAGCUCUUUGUAAGUAACCUUCAAAAGAGGAGCUUAGGAGGAUGCCUAACAGCAGCGUAACCCAGCAGAACCAUUGCUCCAAUGAGACGCUACUGGACACCUCAGAGAGGCUCCGCACCAUCCUCAUAGCCCUGUACAUCAUCAACCUGGCUGGUGGCAUCCUCGGGGUCAUCAUGAUGUCCCAUCAGUUGUUUCAAAGGAGAUCGCGAUCUGUGAUGACCACUAUCAUCAUCAGCCUCCUAGUGCUGCACACCUUUAUGCUACUCAGCAUUCCCUUCCGCCUCAGCUAUUACAUUUUACGGGAGUGGAAAUUCGGGUGGUUUGCCUGCAAGCUAGCAAGCGCCAUCAUCUACCUCCACAUGUACGCCACCUUCACGUUUUACGUGGCUAUCAUCAUAAUACGCCUCUUCCAACUCGAGUUUAGGAAGUGCUACACUAUGACCUGGGUGGCUGCUGUCUGGAUGGUGGGAGUGCUGGUGAUCACGCCUGUUCUUCUCUUGUACUAUGGCACCCCUAAGACAUACCACUCCUCCAAAUGCUUUCAGUUCCACAAGGAUAUACAAGAGGUGCCCAUGGUGGUCAUUAACUACUGCUUGGUUGGGGUUUUGGUGGCAGUUUGUGCUGUGCUCACCACACUCCAGUUGUCUGCGAUGUAUAGACUGGCUGUGAAAUACUGGCCUGACAUCAACUCCCACGUGGAAUUCAGAGCUCAGGCAAAGAGCUUCUUCUUCAUCUUGGUAACAUUAGUGUGCUUUAUGCCUCAUCAUGUAUUCAGAGUAUAUUACAUCCAAAACUGCCACCUGGAUAAAGACAAUAAACUACUCCCAUACAACGAAAUUUUUCUAGCUCUAACAACAAUGUGCUGCUUGGAUAUGUUGUGCUUCAUAGCAGGAAUAGCCCACUGAACUGUGGACUGCCAGGAAAUCCAGCUGCAGUGUGUCAAUACUGGCUUUUGGCAGAAAUAGAACUGUGUCGGGACUUUGCCCAGCUAAGAAGACUGCUGAGUUUUCAGCAUGGCUGUAUAGGUCUGUAGUGUUGUUUGGCUUUUGCAGACCAGUAAGAUCCAUCUUUCAGAAGCUACUGUUUUUAAUCUUCUCGCUUGAAGGCAGACACAUGAGUCUUACUCUAGUCUUUGACCUGAGUCAUGCCCUGAGGCUUCAUUACGAUUUUCCUCCACUGUCCCUCUCUAAAAAUUACAGCAUGAGUACCCAUUCCUUUCUAUUUUUUCCUCAAAGUGUCUCAGUAACAACAACCCACUGGGGCCAAUAAAUUGUCCACUCUGAAGGUCUAACAAUUUCUUCUGGCAAUUGUGAUACUGAAGGAAGGAGAGGGAAAAAAGAAAUUCCUUUACAGGAUUUUUGUAACAGUGAUUUUAUAUAGCAAGGACAUAAACUCUAUUAAAAUAAAAAGUAUUCAAGGCAUGAAACAGGGUUUGAAUGAAAUAUUGUAGUAGCAUAUUUCUGAAAAAUCCUUCUUUUCUUCACUUUUACAAAGUGUAUAUUAAAUUAAAUUAUAUGAAAACACUUAGCAUUCUCAAAACUUCACCGUUACUUGCUUCAUUCCAAAACCACAAACAGCCCACUGAAUUGUGGUAAUUACACAUUUAGAAUGAGUGAGAGCAGAACAAGCCACAGAUUUCAAAAUUUCUGUCUUAUGUCACUCUUCCGUCAGGACUGGAUCUGUGGCUGUUAUCCCUUAGGUCCAUUGUAGCCACAGAAAUACAAGUUACUGCGGUCCCAUAUCUGGAUCUGGAAUUCAAAUCAAGGGGUCUGGUCCUUUACUGAAGGAUCAGUCACUCUCUAGGAGAGGGAAAUAUUUUAUCAGCCUUCAAAAAACCUUUGCUGUCUGGUCAUUUUCCGUUGCUGGUUGAUUUAUUAUCAGAUGUCAUAUUUUUUCCACUUGCACAUGUAAUGCAGCAAAACUAGAAUAAACUAACUGAACUGUGUUUAAUCAGUUCAACAUAUGCUCAUCUGUGUGUAUACAAACUUGUGCUGGAAUAUAUAUUUUCUCCAUUAGAUGGAUUAUAUUCUUUGGGAACCACAUCCUUUCUGGGAACCUCUGUUUUAUCUCCAUUAUGCAAAAGGUUUUUUUCAUUAUUGCAUUCUGCCUGUUCUGCUCAGUGCAGAAGGUCUCUAACCCUUCUGCCGAAGGCCCCGCUGUCAUCUGCUGUAUCCCAACAGCUUGAGGCCAGAUUUCUCCCACCCCGGAAUCCCAGGAUUCACACAAGGGUACCCUUCCUCCUUCACAGACCCACAAGUUGCCAUAAUUUUUAGUCUGACAAUCUUUGCUACAGAAGUGCUAUGAUUCCUGGAUUCAAACAGGUUAAAAUUUGAUACGGGAGGGUUAAAAAGUUACACCUAUAAAGUAACACUAGUGAUGCCUCAAAUUAAUGGCAUUUCUUUGAACAAAAGAGCUUACACCUACUUUGUCAGUCCUGAAUAAAUGUUUUUGCCUUUAUAUUUCCAUAAAAAAACUUUGUUGAAAACUCACGACGGUUCUCAGAUCCUUUCUGCCACUUUUAAAAAGUGGGUGGUGUCCAGGUCAUAAGCAGCAAGUCCUGAAGUUUUCUAAAAAUCCUGCCCUUACGCUUCCUCUAGUGUUACCAGGUCCAUUCCUGUUCAUACAAUACAGUCUGCUCAGCCCAUUAACUUCUAAGACGGCAGCUAGAGGUACAAUACGGUACAACAGAGAUGAAAUGCAAAGGGACAGAUUGUAAAAUGGGUGAAUAGCUCCCAAACCAGCAGCUUUUCAAAUCCUUCUCCAGGCAGGAUGCAGCAUGUGUAGCUGAUAAGAGAGCCGGAGUCCCUCAAGGUGAAAAAGCUUAAAUAAAGCUCUGGUACUUCCAAAGAGUUUUGAGGAAAACAAGGCAAGAUGCAGGGCCUGCAGAGAAGACAUUUGCACCUCUGCCACGAGAAAGAGUUGGGGUAAUCUGGAUCUACUAAAGUCAUUAGGAAAACU